UAAAAGCGGCUGCGUGAGCGCAAUGAUCAGCCAGUUUUAUCUAUAAUUCGUUCCGCGCACUUCUCUCAGUUUUCGCUUGCCAUGAGUCGAUUUAGCAAUUACAAAUCGACCAUUAUGGUUUUGAGUACAAUCGGCUCUUUAGCGAUUGGAACUCCCAUCAAACUCUCCGAAGAAACAAUUUCCACCACACCAACAGACGUGAUGUCUAACUGUCCCAGGAUAGUGAGCCGCAACGAAUGGCGAGCCCGUUCACCAACGGAGGAAUACUUGCCCAUGGUGGUAUCACCCUCAUCCUAUGUAGUGGCGCACCACGGAGGGAUACCCCACUACUGUUACGAUGAAACAACUUGCAUCAACAUCGUCCGGAGCUACCAAGACCUUCACAUGGACGUCAACCACUGGGCCGACAUCGGGUACCACUUCGUGAUCGGCGGAGAUGGAAACGUCUACGAGGGCAGAGGGUGGGACCACGUUGGCGCCCAUUGCCCGGGGUACAACGGUCAAGGAAUCGGGAUCUGCAUAAUCGGCGAUUAUACCUCACGCAUGCCGAAUAACGUGUCUCUGGAAGCGUUUCAAUCGCUGAUCGAGUGCGGUAUUUCCUUGGGAAAGGUCAGGUCGGAUUACAAGCUUAUCGGGCAUCGACAGGGCCGGGACACCCAAUGCCCGGGGGAAACGUUUUACGCUCAUAUUAAGACGAUGCCCCACUGGGAGCCGAACCCCGUGCCCUUAUGGGGCCUGGCGGGAAAGGGGGUCUUCAAGCCGGGUACGAAGACCGCGGACAUCACCGGGACCCAGAGAUGGACGGGCCUUAUUGCCCUGGGGGAGCCGUACAGGGAAUCCGGGCCAAGGACGGGAGAAAAAGUCGGGGAGAAUGACGUCGGUACAGAAAACACGACCCUCAAGAAAAACCCUACCGAUUGAUCGAUCGAUCGGAUGAUUUCUUGAUUGAUCCAUUCAUUCAUUCCUUGUAUGACCGCACGCUUGUUGAAUCGGAUUAUCUGAAUAGUAUUUUAUAUUGUAAACUUUAUGGUGAUGUAGUAUACCACGUUAUAAACUCUACCUACACCAUUAAACAUACCAAAUAAGAGGAGUUUUGAACAAUAUAUACGUAUAUGAGCAAAACGCCUCGACGAAAUAGUACAAAGAUUAAAAAUGGAAGAUAAAAAUAUACGAAAUAAUGAAUAAACUAGGACAGUC